GCCUUUUGUUUUGAUCACAUGAUUCAACCAUGCAAGAUUUUGACAUCUGUUGUUCAGUCCUUUGUCCAACUGAAAUGAAGAAAACAGAUGGGGUAAGAUAAGCCUGUAGGAGUCCUCCGGGAAAAAAAGAAAAAGGCUGAGUACUUCGGCAUAGUAUCGCAAGAUGUGGGUUAAAGCGCCGGUUUGUCUUCUGUCGCAUCUGCUUAUAGGCAUGAGUCUUGCCACUGCCCUAAGAUGCUAUGACACAGGUAAUUUUACAACUAACAGUACAUACGGUAUAAACCGCGAUCUCAUCCUCGCUUCUCUCCCAGCUAAUGUCUCAGCAAACGGUGGUUUCUUCACUGCUACAAUUGGCAAAGAACCCAACAAAGUUUAUGCUCUUGGUCUUUGCAGAGGAGACUCUACUUCAGAAAAUUGUUUUAGCUCACUCAAUUCCACAACUCAAGAUCUCAUAGCUAAGUGUCCCAACCAGAAAGAAGCCAUUUCAUGGGGAGGGGAUCCACCGUCUAUGGUGCGCUAUGCAAAUCGCUCGUUCUUCGGUAUCUUGGAGCUAGAUCCUUCUGAGGCAGGCACUAACGUGAACGACAUCAAGUCGAACUUAACACAGUUUAAUACGGUUUGGGAGAGUUUGAUGGAUAGCGUGGUGAGAAAUGCUUCCAUGGGUUCUUUUAGGCUUAAGUAUUCAACUGGUGAAGCAGAUAACACAGUCUUUCAAAAGAUUCACGCACUAAUGCAGUGCACUCCAGAUUUAUCCCAGAGUGAUUGUGACUCCUGCUUAAGGGAAUCCGUGAGUGCCUACCAAAGAAUGUUUUAUGGAAAGCAGGGAGGUUAUGUUCAGAGACCUAACUGUUGGUUCAGGUGGGAUUUGUAUCCCUUCUAUGUAUCAAAUGCUACUACUACUGCUCCAUCCUUAUCUCCACCACCGCCUCCGACGAACACUACAAUCACAAAAGAGGAUGGAGGCAUUUCAUCUCAAACUGUAGUGAUCAUUGUUGUUCCAAUCAUGGUUUUGGUGGCAGUUGUCCUCAUUGCAAGCGCCAUUCUCCUUAAGAGGAGGAAACCAAAGCAGGAGAAUGAAACUGCAGAUGAAAAGAGUGCUGCAGAUGAAAAGCGUUGUGAGGAAUCUUUCCAAUUUGACUUCAAUGCAAUCAGAGUUGCAACAGAUGACUUCUCCCCUGCAAAAAAAAUUGGAAAAGGUGGAUUUGGUUUUGUUUACAAGGGCAAGCUUCCCGAUGGACAAGUUGUAGCUGUGAAGAGGCUAUCUGGAAAUUCGGGACAAGGUGAACAAGAAUUUAAGAAUGAAGUCUUGUUAAUGGUAAAGCUUCAACACAAGAAUUUGGUUAGGCUUCUAGGUUUUAGCUUGGAAAAGAAAGAAAGGAUUAUCAUCUAUGAGUUUGUGCCUAACUCAAGCCUUGACAACUUCAUAUUCGAUCCAAUCAAGCGUUUACUACUAAACUGGGAGAAGAGAUACAAAAUCAUCAAGGGAAUAGCUCGGGGAAUUCUUUAUCUUCAUCAAGAUUCUCAAUAUCGAAUCAUCCAUCGUGAUUUAAAAGCUGCCAACAUUUUGUUGGAUGCAGAGAUGAAUCCUAAAAUUUCAGACUUCGGAAUGGCAAAAUUGUUUGUGGUGGAUCAAACUCAAGCUGAUACAAGAAGAAUCGUCGGGACAUAUGGAUAUAUGGCUCCGGAGUAUGCAAGGAAAGGGCAUUUCUCAGUCAAGUCUGACGUUUAUAGUUUUGGGGUCUUGGUUUUGGAAAUCGUUAGUGGUAAAAGUAUCAACGGUUUCCGCGACGAGGAAACAGGAGUCAGUCUUAUAAUCCAUGCAUGGAAAAAUUGGAACGAAGGGACCCCUUGGAAACUGAUAGAUGACAUCCUGUUGGAUGAUUCCAGGAGUGAAAUGUUGAGAUGUAUCCAUCUUGGAUUGCUAUGUGUUCAAGAAAAUAUUGCUCAUAGACCAACCAUGGACUCAGUUGUUCUCAUGCUUAGCAGCUCCUCCAUCUCUCUUCGGGCGCCCUCGAGACCUGCAUUUUUACUGCAAUCUUCCAAGGUGCCGGAAGGGAGGCCUGAAUCAUCCAGAUCCAGUCAAUCUAAAAGUGCAGAGGUCCAAGUCACAGUAAAUGAGGCUUCAUUUUCUGAGCUAGAUCCUCGAUAAUGUUUAAAGAAAAUUGCUGCAUUGCUUCGGUGUCUUAGUCCUGAAGAAGAACCUGUACCUCUUCUUCAGGACCCAAAGAAAGUGAUUCAAACUAUUUAAUUGUUCAUGAAGAGGAAAAGAAUAACAAAAACUUUUCUAUGUAAUUGUACUAUCUUGUAAUUAUUCAAAAAUUGGGAAAUGAUUAGAACUUUGUUUACUACUUA